AUGCCUCCCAAACCUCGACCAAUCCGCAAGCCAUCUGCGACUACCAAAGAUGCGAGCGGUACGCCUGGCGCGAAAGACGCGUCCACACCAAGCACUUCUAUGCCACCACCGCCGGUCCCUUUGCCGCCGCGCGGUAUUUUGGAGGAAGAAAUCACCGCGCUCUCUACCUGUUUUCAGCAAGCUGUUGUCAAAACAGGCCAAGUAUACGCCUUCUACACCGACGUGAAGAGACUUGGCAUUCAGAAGUACGCGCCGCACCCCCCGCAAACAUUGACUGCGUCUCUGGGGCACGAAGUCGGGCGAUACGACCAACUAUGCGACGCAAUAGAGUCCCGGCUGCUCCGUGCCAUCGCAGUACUACAACGCGAUCUCACGCGCGAAGAGCAGCGUAUCAAGGCAGAAGAAGAAGCUGCAGCCGCGGCCGCACCCAAGCUUCCCUCGCCAACCACAAGCACGGCCAUGAUCACAACGCCCCCAGUUUCCCCGAGUCAACCUCAAAUCGAGACCUUGCCAGACGGGACCACGCGCCCCAAGCCCUCUGUACCCACGCCCCGCCGCCAGUCCACCAUCUCCUUGUCCUCCCUACAGCGCCCGGCAUUCCCGUUGAAACUCGACCUUUCCGCCGCAGCGCUCCGCAUACACCCCGACGAGAUGCUCCCAAACGGGCUGUCCUCGCCCGUAACGCUCGCUCCGCGUUCAGCUCGACCGUCUCUUGGCCCCGACCUCAUGGCAGCGCUCGGCGACGGUCGAGCGGUAGACAUCGACCUCACCGUCGACCCCGACAUCAGCAUGGGCAGCAACGGCGAGGGCCUAGACCCCUCGCUCGGCAGCUCCGCAGACAAGCCCAUCGAGCUUGACCUGGACAUGGAAAUGCAGUUCUUCGGCGACACCUCUGGGGGCGAGGCAGGCGCGGCGCACCAGAACAUGUUCGACACACAUACCAUGGUAGCGGGUCCGUCCAAUGGCGAGCACAUGAAACUGAAGGUCGAGGACGGCAUGGACAUCGACCUGCUCAACGCGCUCCAAUCUGUCGGGCCCUCACCCUCGGGAGAGGACAUCUUCGCCUCCAUCGGGAACGGCGCCUCACCCAGCGGCAACACCCCUGCAGCCAGUGGGCCCGGUGGCUCAGACUCGCAGAAGGCUCCCGUCGCUGCACCUUCUCCAGGGGCUUUCCUUGCGAGCCUCGGCGCCGCAACCUCACAACCGGAUGCUUCU